AUGGCUACUACAAUGAAAUCGUCUUAUUUAAUUUUCCUUGUAAUCUACAUUAUCAUAUUCAUUUCGUCAUACCCGGCUAAUGUUGCUACGUCCAAGACUACCCCUGCUAAACCUCGGGGAUUAGCCAUCAAGCUCAUCCACCGCGAUUCUAUUCAAUCUCCAUAUUACAAUCCAAAUGCCACCAUCUCUGAGCGAGCUGAACGUGCCAUUAACGGUUCGCUCGCCCGCAUCCGCUCCCUGAGCAAAAGAGUCGCUACUCCAAAUGACGACGACGCUAGGGCCGGUCUCAUCCCAGCCGGUAGCAUACAUGGUUUCCUUGCCAAAAUAUCCAUCGGCACGCCGCCCGUCCCACAACUUGUGUUUAUCGACACGGGAAGCGACCUCCUUUGCGGUAACCUUGCCUCCGAACAAGUGACCUUUGAGACAUCCGACGAGGGUACAGUAAAGGUGCCGAUUGAGGUGCUCGGAUGCGGGCAUGUAAAUAAAUACGAUGUAGAUGGGCAAGAAAGCGGGGUAUUAGGACUAGGCUAUGGUGAUGGUCGUUUCCCAACUGUGGUUAAACAAUUAGGCUCCAAAUUUUCCUAUUGCAUAGGCAACAUACACGACCUCCAAUACCAAUACAAUCAACUCAGCUUGGGAAAUGGGGUGAUUAUGGAAGGUGAUUCUACGACCCUGGAGAUUUACAAUGGUUUAUACUAUUUGGACCUCCAAGGUAUAAGUGUCGGAGAGAAGAAGCUACAAAUCGACCCCUUGAAGGAGGAGUGA